GUCAAUCUUUACAUUGACCUCGCUUUCUUCUUCUUCUCCAUCUCGUCUAGGUUUUCGAUUUGCUUUCUCUUGGUUCGUGCUCAUCUACGUCGUGGUUUUGGAUCGAGCCUUUCUUCCUGUUCUUGCAGUUCUUGGCCGGCAAUCCCGCCAAAUCUAGUCGCCUGGAGUCGUUCCGUCUUUCCCCUGGAGCCAAACCUCUUUUUAUUGUCGAGUCCGAGCAGCGGACCGCACAGUCAUGGACGGCUUCAAACUCGAUGCUCCGCGGCAAUACUUUGCCACAAGCAGCCUUGUCGUUGGCUAUGCCCUCUGUUCCAGCUUGCUCUCUGUUAUCAACAAGUUUGCUAUCACAAUGUUCGAUUACCCUGGCCUCUUGACGGCAUUGCAGUACCUGACCUCCGCGGUUGGCGUUUGGGUUCUUGGGAAGCUGGGCUUUCUCUAUCAUGACCCUUUCGUCUUUGAGACGGCCAAGAAGUUUCUGCCCGCAGCUACCGUCUUUUACCUGGCCAUUUUCACAAACACCAAUCUCUUACGCCACGCUAACGUUGAUACGUUCAUAGUGUUUCGCUCCCUGACGCCUCUUCUGGUUGCCAUCGCGGAUACCAUCUUCAGAAAUCAGCCAUGCCCUUCAAGGCUCACGUUCUUUUCGCUUGUGGUUAUUCUCGGGGGCGCAGUUUGCUACGUGCUGACCGACUCAGCGUUCAAUCUCACUGCGUACUCAUGGGCGAUUGCUUAUUUGGUGACUAUUACUACCGAGAUGGUUUACAUAAAGCACAUGGUGACAAACCUAGGGCUGAACACAUGGGGUUUUGUGUUCUACAAUAAUCUUCUGUCCUUAAUGAUGGCACCGGUGUUCUGGUUUGUCACUGGGGAGUAUGCAGAUGUCUUCACGGCUUAUGGAUCAAGUUCUGGGAUUUGGUUCAAUAUCAUGGCUUUUGUCGCAGUAGCUUUGUCUUGUGUUUUCGGAUUUCUCAUCAGUUUCUUUGGAUUUGCGGCAAGGAAAGCAAUCUCUGCUACUGCAUUUACGGUAACAGGGGUUGCCAACAAGUUUCUCACGGUGGCGAUCAAUGUAUUGAUCUGGGAUAAGCAUGCAAGCAAAAUUGGUUUGAUUUGCUUGCUUUUAACACUUGUGGGGGGAGUUCUUUAUCAGCAGUCAGUCACUAGCAAUGGGAACCUCUCACAACAGCAUGGCUCUACAAUUUCUAAGAAGGCAAAUGGUGUGGUACGUAAUGUUGAUUCUGAAGAUGAAAGACAUGACAAGCGCCUAUCUGGGAGGGAUUCAACUGUAUGAUAUCAGUGUAAGAGAAUAUUCUUCUCAUUAUAGAGGCAAAUUUGUGCUACAGAAAGCUUGGUUAUCCUAAUAUAUGUAUGUACAUGUAAACCUUUUGCUAGGAUGUUAUAUUGAAUAGUUAUGCUAAUCUUAGCUUUCAUGGGAUAAACCAGCUCGUUAUGCUGUAUGGGUUAAUUGCAUAAUCAUCCGAAACUUCAGCCGAACCUUACUUAACGUGUUUCCUUUCUGGAACAUAUUCUGAAGUUUUAUAGAACAGCCCUUAUGCAAUAAGUAUUAAGCAGUUUGAUAUCAACUACAGGUUUUCUCUUUGUUUAAGAUGCUUUGGUAUGUAAACCAUAUUUUAGAUUCUUGAAGACCAUAUGAUCCGAGGUAUCAGGAAUUUGCACUACCAGGACGAAAUCCAUACUUCUGCUUCAUGUAAGUGGUAAAUCAAUAUUUAGUAGUUUUUAAAAUUUGUCAUGUCUAAGCUAACAAACUGCUGGAUUAGUUCUGAAAAUAUAUCUGUUCUCCAAUGCACAAAACAACCCAGAUCUAACAGAAGUCCAUAUUAUCUCUAGUUUUCUAUCUGUGGCGGUGCAAAGUGGUAAAAAGAAGCAAAUAGAAAUCCAAGGUGCUUACAUGUUUAGAUGUUUUUAUGUCAAACCAUAAACAAUCUUAUUUCUUUAAGAAUCAUGUUUCAUCUCCUUUGUAAUUCAUAUAGUUUAAUGUCAGGUAUCUUUUCUGAAAUCUACAUAUCCUAAAACCAGGAUGGAUUUCCGAGUUCAAUGCCACGCAGCAUUUCUUAGUAUUUAACUCUUGUGAUGUACAACAGCUAGCUUUUGUUCACUGGAAAAAAGGGGCCAGAAAUGAGUUCUAACUUCUAAUCUGAACACUAUUCUUCCUUUAAUGGGCCAACCUCAUCAGUGACCUUGCAAGGUGAACAUGAAACUAUGGUGGAGGCAUGCUUGGUAAGGUACUACUUGGAAAUAUACGAAUAAAUAUGUUAAUAUUAGCAGGAAUUAUUAUUUUCAGAUUGUAAUUAGAAAACACAUAAGGAUGACAAUGUUCUUGAAUUAAGAGAGUGGUCUAUGAAUAUAGAUAUAUGAUGACUUAAGAUAGACCCCCAAAAAGUAGUACUUAUUGUUUGGGGUAGGUGGUCCAUCGCAUUUCAUGUAUCAUGAUCCAAGCAAGAUUAGUUAGACAUUACAUGAUGGAAGAAUCAUUUACAAAAAUCAUAUUAAAGUGGUUUAACUAGGUCUGGCUAAUGUAUGAACUUUUGAACGAGUACCAAGUGCAUGAAAUUAUUUUUUAAGCAUUUGACAGUAUUUUAGUUUUGUUUUGCCUCUUGGCCAACAAUAUGAACAUCAUUCUUAAAUGAAGACUGGUUUGGAGAAAUAUAUUCUGAUACAUCUGUGAUGAGAACCUUUUAUGUGGUAGUUUUUUCAAAGUAAACAAAAGCUUGUGUUUUGUUGCUGCGUUUUAGUUGAUGUCUACGAUACUACGAUACUACAUUUUUUUCGUGGUACGAGGAAAUAACGCAGGGCAUUUUCAUUAGAUUUCUUUAUGAGAUUGAUCUAAUACCAACAACUUGUGGAUCCAUAUUCAGUGGAGGUCUCAUGCUUUGGUAAUACAAUUUAAAUAUCUGUUUCUGUGUUGCAACUUGUAAGUUUUCUCCUGUCAUGAAGACGAAAAACAAGAAUUUCAAAGAUAGUAGUCCAACUGCCUAAAAUUUUAUUUUCUUUUUCUUGAAGUAUUCGUCCAAGCAGUACCAGUUAUCACUCUAAUGUGGUGGAAGUGCUCCAAGUUAAACACUGAAGGAGCAUUCGAGUUUAUAACACAGAAGCUUCUUUUAGAGAGGAUGGAUUAUCAACUGCUAGACAUUGGCCUAUGAUUGAAUUCUGACCUGUAGGGCUGCAUGUUCAUGUAUGUGACUGGUGCAAAAUUAUUUUUGUUGGAAUUCAAGUAGCGACUACUAUCUGAUUUGGAAUCUAAAAUACCCAAUUAUGAUGAUUAAGAGUUUGGUGACGUCCUACAGCUUGUUGGACAUAAGAAUUGAGAUUACUAAGGAAGUGGAGAUAGCUAAUGCCUUAUUUUCUACAAGCGUUCAUAAGUCUUACAGCUGAGGAAAUAUCAGAUUAAACUGCUGACGCAAGUAGCUGUAAAGGAUAAGAAACCCAGGUGAGAAUUCAGAUCCUUUUCUGUAUCUGUUUCUCUUUAAUGUUUUCUUGGACUUAAAUCUUCCCCGUGUAGUAAAUUUUCUUAGAUACAUGUACCACCGAAAAGUCUAUGGAACAAUGAAAACAACAUUAGCACUAAUAAUUUUGAUCUCUGUUCAUCGUACACACUUCAUUUACAUGCUACUUAGACAAACUAAAAUAAACUUAUAUCUUGGUUUAUCAUGCAAUCAUUCUGUAUAGGUUGGUCUCAAAAUGUACUGCUACUUGUUUAUUGUAUUUGUGGAUGAAUUAUGCCAGAGAUUGCAGUUGAUUCCACUCAAAUCUGCUACCUCAACAAUACCACCAUUGUGUACCAAAUGCACCACAACAAAUGUACUCUCUCUUUCUCCCUUCCAGACGCGUGUGGCAUCAACCUACUGCAAUCCCACUCUCCUCACAAGUAGCACAAGAAUACAUGUCCUGCACUCCACAAUUUGCAAUGUCAUCAACACAAGGAACAUCAACAUCAUUCCCUGGAGUCUCACCAUACUUCCAGUUCCGAUGGCUUCUUGGUAGAGUAGGAACCUCCCAAAAGAUGUGUCGUCUCCGCCAUCAUUUCCCUGUACAAGCAUCCACUUCGUCUUCUCCCAUCUUUCCCUUCGAUAGAACCUUCACAAUCUCUCGUUGUCUCUUCGCUUCUCUUUGUUUAGAUUGGAGCUCCUCCCUCUCACGCAAAUAUGGAGAGGGUUAUCGUCACAGAGGGCCUUCGUCCACUCCUUUCUAAUCCCCAAGCCCGGCUCUUCCACCCCGUCCACGCUAUCAGAAGCCGCCUAUCCGCCGCCGUCUGUCUCCCUUCCCUUGGCCUCGGAGCUCGACCCCCGACCUCCUCCUUCUACGGCUUCAGCUCCGAGAAUAAGAAGCCAUCGUUUCCGGGUUGGGGGACUGCCGAUGAGCACGAAAGGCGGCUCCUUCACCCACGGCUCUGCAGAAAACAGAGGAAAGCUCCGUUUUUUAGAGCUGGCGCGGCGAUCUCGGCUGGCGGAGACGGCGUUAUCGACGAUAAAGAGAACCCCAAGUUCUUAGGCGUCGAGUUAGUGACGCUUAAGAAGAUAAUUCCCCUCGGGAUGAUGUUCUUCUACAUUAUCUUCAACUACACGUUCCUGCGCGACACCAAGGACGUCCUGGUGGUGACGGCCAACGGGAGCGGCGCGGAGAUCAUACCCUUCCUGAAGACGUGGGUGAACCUGCCCAGGGCGGUGGGCUUCAUGCUGCUGUACACCAAGCUCGCCAACGUGCUGUCAAAGGAGGCUCUUUUCUACACGGUUAUCGUCCCUUUCAUUGCCUUCAGGUUCGUCUUGUAUCCCCUCAUCAGCGUCAUCCACCCCACAGCGCUCGCGGAUAAGCUUCCGGCGGCGCUCGGCCCGAGCUUCCUCGGCCCCGUUGCUAUCUUGAGGAGUUGGAGCUUCUGCCUUUUCUAUGCGAUGGCAGAGCUCUGGGGUAGAGUUGUCAAUUGGGUUCUCUUCUGGGAGUUUGCCAAUCAGGUAUGGAUUUGUCAUCGUCAGCAACAGCAAUAAUAAUUGCCGGCGUUCUUCAUUAGCCUUUCAUGAAUUUUAGUUCUUUUAUACUCUGUUCUGUGUAUAUGUUGCUUGCUUCGCUUGAUUCUAGAAAGGCAUCAGUAUCAAUUGGAUA